CAUUCGAUAAAUCGCAGAAGAAACGAAAGGUAAAAUUAGGGUUUGGGUUUUGUUCGUUCCUUCGAUUCUUCAAUUUCUCGGUGAGGUUAGGGGUUUAGAUUCACGAGUUCAAUCUAUUUUCCAGGUUUCUAGAGAGAGAGAGAGAGAGUCAUGGCGUCAGCUGAUGCAGUAGAACCGGAGUACGAGAGUGAUCCCGAGGAGCUGAAGCGCUCUUUGGCGACUCGGAGGAGAGAAGCUAGCGAUGACGAAGAGGAAGAUGACGGUGGUGGUGGUGGCGAAGGAAUUAAAAACCUUAGGGCUGAGAUCGAUUCCGAUGCCGACCAGUCCGAUGAACAGGAUGGUGCUGCUGUGGAGAAUGAUAAUGACGAAAACAAGAGCGAUGAUGGAGAGGAGAGUUACGACGAGGAGGAGGGGGAGGAAGGCGGUGAGUAUUUGGAACACGAAGGGGUCGAUGAUGACAAGAGGAGUAAGCCAACAGCGGAAGGUCUUGUAGAUGGAGAGGAAGAGAAGGAGAAGCAAUCGGCUGCUGCGGUGCCCACAGGUGGAGCCUUUUAUAUGCACGAUGACAGGUUCCAGGAACUCUCUGCGGGACGUGGCAGGCGAAUGCGUGGUGGAAAGAAACCGUGGGGAUCUGGAGAUGAAAGAAAAUGGGGACAUGACAAAUAUGAGGAGGUGAAUAGUACUCAGGAACGACAUUAUGAUCAGAAGAGUUCAAGAGGCAGACACAGAGGUCGCGGUCGAGGUAGGGGACAAGGGCGCGGAUACACUAGAGGGAGAAGCUCUAAUGCAUCAUCCAGCAAUGGACAGCAAAUUUUUGUUCCUAAAGCUGCCACACGUGAGGGAGAGCCUAGAAAAGAUGAGACUCCCCUUGGCAAAGGCAAUCAAGCACAUUCUGUGCAGAAAAAACAGUUAAGAAAUUCUCGAGGUUCACAGCAUUGGCAUGAGAAAGCGACACACCACGAUUCACAACGUUCACCAUCUGCACCUGCUAAGACUGGGAAUGAAUAUGCACAUACUAAAAAGAAUGUAGUUGCUUCAAGUCUUAGUUCUGCUUCUCCUCCUUUUUAUCCCUCAGUGUCCUCGAGUAGUUUGGCACAUGGUAUACAAGUUGGUAUGGAAAAACUCCACACGAAUGAAAGUGCCACUUCCUCUGGGAAGAAGUAUAGGAAUACAAAAUCCGUCUAUCUUCCUGUCAAUACUGCCCGGAAUGUUCAGUCCACGAGUCAAGGCAGAGGUGCUCCUGCUGCUGAAAACGUGUUUUACCCCGAAUCUCAUAGUCAAGGUGACAACAUGCAACUCAAUGGAGAUUCAAAAGGCACUGGCCAAAGCUAUACUAGAUCUUCCGGGCAGAGUUUUGAUCAGCACGCUGCUGUAAACAGAUCAUUGUCUUCCUCUACCCAAAAAACUAGCUCAUCAAAAAAUCGUUAUCCUCCUGGUGAAAUAGAAUCUGCGUUGGAAACAGUUGCGUCAUUUGGUAAGGGUAAAGGGGCUCUUCACCCUAGUGGAAGGGGCUCUUUGAUGUAUAGUGGAUCUCAUGUGAUGGGGCGUGCAGAAAGUCUGGCAUCUGGUGACAAUUCUAAUUUCCCAGCUUUUCUGCCUGUUAUGCAAUUCGGUGGUCAACAUGGUGGGGUUCCAACAUUUGGAAUGGCUUUUCCAGGAUAUUACCAGCCUGAAAAUGGUGUUGGAAACCCGGAGAUGACCUGGAUGCCAGUUUUGACUGGUCCAGGAGCUUUAGGAGCUUCAUACAGUCCGCCGUAUGCUGCUAUUGAUGGUUCUUACCAAGCACACAAGCCAGGGCUACCUUCCUCUGCAGGAUCCUCCAGCAAAGAGAAAAGCACGAAUAACCUUAAUGAUCUCGAGAAUCCCAUGGAGAGUCCUGAGGUUACAGAGAGUGGGGUUUCAAAACGGCAAAACAACAACCCAAGCAAGCAACCUCGUAGGUACUCGGAGAUGAGCUUUAGCAAGUGAUUACAUUUGUUUAAAACUAGGAAGAUUGGUUAGGGACUCCUUGGAGCAGGGCCCUGGCGCUUCUCCAAUCUUCUUUACAUCUCACUUUGGCCGCAAUUGUUCCUGAAUUUCUUAGGGAAGUUGUCUCAAAAGCCUUGGUCAGCCUGUUUGGUGUUUCUUCUUUCCAUUUUUUUUCCUAUGUAAUCAUUUCUGUUUGUUUCUUAUAUAAGGUUGAUGACUUCUGGUUUGGUAGUGUGUUUAUUUUUCCGUAUAACGCAGUUUCUAAACAGACAAUGUUAUGAAAAAUGAAAUGGUUAAUGAAUGAAUGCCAGCUACAUUUUAGUAA